GUAACUACAAAUAUAUCCUUUAUUUUGCUUUGCAAUUAUAACGAUUGUCUUUGCACCUUCUAUCUAGGAAACACCACAUACGGCAAUAAUGCCAUUCAGAAGCUUCCCAUUGGGAAUCAUCAGGACUUGGAAGAAGAAGAGAAUCAGGACCCACUAAUCCUCCUGGAGGAGCAGCUGGCAGAAGGUCAAGAGAAGCUUAGUGAGCUGUGCCAGUCUCAGUCUGGGCACUGUGGCGAGGAGGAGACCAGUGUUCUAGAGUUUGUAAUAAAGACUGAGAAGGAGGAAGAACAUUCUGGAUUCAGUCAGGCUGGAUGUCAGAGGGGCACAGUAAAGCAGCAGAACCCCUUGAGCUCUGAGUUUGUAAUGGAUGAAAGAGACAGUCAACUGUGGUCGUCUAUAGUUCAAGGGAACGAUGACAUAGUCAUAGAGACUGACUUUCCUGAUUUCUCUUAUGUAGCCGAGCAGUAUUCCGAGAGUUUUCCAGAUCGCUCCGUGGCUCAACCCCAGCCACAGCCCCUCUCUAGCCCAGUGGAAGGCCCUAGUAAAUCAGCCAGCUCACCUUUACAGAGACCGUGCAAUGGAUCAAUGUACAACAAAGUCUUUCAGAAAGAGAAAGUAAGUGCAUCUCAGUCUGUGUCUAGUUCUUUUCAGUGCCGACCGCAGAUCAACCAUUCACAGCAGCAGACCAGGCAGAGAGAUCAGGUGUUCUCCCAGAGGGAUAAUCACAUCCCACCGUCCAGGCCUCAAGACACUGGACACACAGCAGAGCGAAGCUUUGGACUGGGUGACACUGGCAGACCAACUGCCUCCCAUUUAGGGAUUCGAUUGAACAAUAACACUUUUACACCAGGUGGCCUCAGAAGCUUCACUAUGCCUCAUUAUAAUUCAAAGAAUCACUGGGGUACAGCCAUAACAGAGAAGGUUUUCAGUUGCUCGCAGUGCGGCAAGAGUUUUAGUCGCCUGUCCUAUCUCAAGAUACAUCAGCGAAGUCACACGGGAGAGAGGCCGUUUCGGUGCACCGUCUGCGGGAAGAGUUUUCACUGCUCCUCACACCUGACUAUACACCACCGCAUUCACACGGGAGAAAGACCCUAUAGCUGUGCCACGUGUGGGAAGAGGUUUACCCAGCAGAGCAGUCUCAAGACACACCAGAGUGUCCACAGUGGAGAGAGACCGUAUGGUUGCUCUCAGUGUGGCAAGACUUUCACUCUUCUGCACCAUCUGAAAAGGCACAGGAUUAUUCAUGCUGGGUAUAGCUGAGUGGGUCUUAUUAUUAUUAUUAUUAUUAAACCUCUAUCCAGGAAGUCCGUAAAUAUGGUCCUCAAAGCUGAGUUUAUUUGUUUUACUUUAAAAAUUAAAAUAGUUGAAGAAAAAUUUGAACUUUGAUGUUUUAUGCUAAUUUCAACACUACAGAAACAUUUCAUGAAAUAAAAUACACAGUGAAUA